UCGUCGGCAUGUCGUCGAACAACCCAAUAACCCAAGUGUCGUCGACGGUUCAACGCUCAUGGACUGCGGAAAGUAAGCACAAAACGCGGAAAAAUGUCAGCUCGGCGUGUAGGGCGUGCAAAGCACGCAAGCUGAAGUGUAGUGGUAUACCUCCGUGCGAAACCUGCGUCAAGUCCAAACAAGAAUGUAUUAUCGAUGCCGAGGGGGACCAACGCCGAAAGCUCAAUCUGAAGAGAAAAGUUGAUAGUCUAGAGAAUGACCGCCAGUUUUUAAUCCGCCUACUCGAAAGCCUUCGUACGGGUAAAGAAGGCCACAUUACUGAGUUGCUCAGCUACAUCCGUUCAUCGUCCAGUCUCGACGCGAUCAAGUCCUUCCUCGACAGUCAUAACCCACAAACCGAGAUCGGACCAACGCCUCACUUAACGGAGAUCUUCACGGAGCUAGAGCGACUUCAACAAUCUCGACAGGGUCCACCGACGACACUGGCUGUCCGGCAGUUCGCAGACACUCCUCUCGUCACAGUACCAGCGAAGCCGUGGACGACUGCAACUAGUGACGAUACCUUUGUUUCCCACUUGAUCUCUCUUUGGCUCACAUGGCAAUACCCCUGGUUCAAUUGCAUCGAUCCGGUGAUUUUCAUCAAUGCUAUGCAGUCGAAAGAUUUGCAAUCAUCCUUGUGCUCACCAUUUCUUGUCAAUGCAAUGCUAGCUCAAGCCUCUUUUUUCGCCGAUAACCCCGAAGCUUGCGCGAUUAGUGGCGAUGUCCGGACCAAGGGGAAUCAUUUCUACACAGAAGCGAAAAGGCUACUGGAUGAUGAGGAGGGACGGAUAUCUAUACCAUCCAUCCAGGGCUUAGGAAUCAUGUUCGAAUGUGCCUGUGCUAUGGGGAAAGAUCGGGCAGGAUGGGUAUACGCCAUUCAAGCUGUUGAAGGAAUGAGGACAAUUCGCAGAAAACAAACCCGCCUGAUGCUUGAAACCGGGUUAUCUACAGCAAAUCUUGAGCUGCUGAUACAUCGCAUUGAGCUCAGCCACUUUAAUAUCUUUGUUUCCGGCGCGUUGGUGCUCCAGAUUCCUCCUCAGGUCAAGAAGCCGUUCGAGUACUGCCUGGCAACCACCUGUGACAUCGACAAAGACGUAUUUGUGCCGUAUCCACGUUGCGGAAGGCGGCUACCAGCCCACAACAAUUGCAUACUAAACACAUCGGCACAAAUGGGGGAGAUAGUCUGGGACAUCUCGACUUUUAUCGGCCGGGAAGAAGGGACAUUCACGCAGGUUGACUUGGUGGAUGGGGUCCAGAAAUGGCAUGCACGUCUUACCCGGUGUUGGGAAUUGCGGUCCAGAUGUAUCGACUGUGAGCGAAAUCCUGUACCGGGCAUUUUCACGCUGUACAUGUAUUACCAUACUAUCAUCAUUACUAUGUAUGCCUUUCUCAAGACUAUACCAUCAGAAGCAGAUGACCGUCUUUUAGAACGGGCGGAACGCGCACAACAGAUAUGCUUGUCGUCUGCUCACACAGUCGCGCAACUCACGAAAGCCCAGCAAUUACAUUGGGGACCGGAUCCCGGCCCCCUCGCAAACGCACACUUUAUCACCAUUUCUCUAUAUGUUUUGAUGGAAGAUCUGAAAACUCCCGAGAGCCAUCAGGCAUUUAUGAGUCUAUGUCGAGCUCACAUCCACUAUGCCAGACGGUGGCCGUUACACCGCGGUACGGCGAGGAUGGUGCAGUUAACCGCACAGCGUAUGAAAGAUCCGCUUCCGCACGACGUGGUGGCACAUUUCAGAGAGUUCGAGGAGCGAUAUUGGAAGCCUGACAGCGAACGACGAUUCAGUAGUCGGUACCCCAACUUCGCCAUAGCGAUUCGGCGGGGCGUGGAUUAUUUGCCGGAUGAUUUGGAGUUGGAUGCGUUUCUGGAGAAAUGGGUGAAUUUGGACGAUGAGACGCGGAUGGAUUGAGCUGAGAGCGCGGAGUUUCGUAUGACCAUGGGAAGGGUUGGCACAUGUGUGUUGUUCAUCUGUGCGAUUUUUUCAAGUGAAACAAUUACUUGC